AUGGACUGCUCAGAUAUUUUCUCAAUCAGAAGCUUUGAUCAGUCAGAAAAGUAUGGAGGAUGGCACUACGCUGUCAAGAAGACAGGACUUGACUUAACUGUACUGAAAGCUAUUGAUAUUAAUACAACAGCAAUUGUGUAUACAGACACAAUUUUCCAACUACCAAACUUUUCCAAAGAAACAUAUCAGGUUUUUUUAACAGCAAAGGAACUGGACUUAUUGUCAGCAGAUAUAUUCACUCUUUCUCCUCCGUGUCAGCCAUUUACCAGGCAAGAAGAAGAAGAUUCUGCUGAUCACAGGACAGAUAGUUUCUUUCAUUUAAUGCAAGUUUUAGUGGAGAUGAAGAAUGUACCACAAUAUCUGAUGAUGGAAAAUGUUCAAGGCUUUGAAGUAUCACAAACUAGAGAUCAUUUCCUGGCUGUCCUAAAGAAAAUUGGAUAUAAAGUGCAAGAGUUUUUAUUGUCUCCCAAACAGUUUGGCAUACCUAAUUCAAGAUUACGUUAUUAUCUGUUAGCUCGACUACAGCCAUUAUCCUUUAGUGUGGAUCUACCAUCACAUCCUUAUCAAUCUAUUGACAUUAUUACACAUUCUUCAAAGUAUGCAAUGGCAUUAGAUAUAGUACAACCUCAGUCCACUUCUUCCUGUUGUUUUACACGUGGAUUACACUAUACUGUAGGUACUGGAUCAGUUCUUCAACAUAAUACUCAGGCCAAUCUAGACAGACUAUAUAGGAUCUAUCAAGAGAAAAAGAUGGCUGAUAACAGAAGGCAGUCUGGAACCUCUAAGAGAGAGUUGCAACUACGAUAUUUUACUCCUAAAGAAGUAGCAAAUCUAAUGUGUUUUCCAAGUGAUCAUACUUUCCCUCCUGAUAUAACGUUAGGACAAUGUUAUCGGUUGCUAGGUAACAGUGUUAAUGUUUUAGUUGUAGCUACAUUGCUACGCUAUUUAUUACUAACUAAAUAA